GGCGGGGUGGUUGCUAAGGCUGAAGUGUCUCUAGCUGCCUGAGACAGAGACCCAGAGGAGGCUAAACUUCACUCUGCGCUGACACAGCUGACCUGAACAGGUUAAACAUCUGAGCAAAUAUCAGCAUCAUGUCACAAGCGGUUGACAGGAACAAGGUGUUCAAAACCACCAGGGUGCGGACUUCACUGAAGAAUGAUGAGUGUUGGAUCCAGAGGGCAAAACAGGAAAAGAAACAGGAAGAACUAGCAAGUACCGACCAGGCUGUGGUGAGCAGACCCUCUCCGGCCAGACUGAGCUCAUACGUCCUGUCCACAGUCAAGAGAUUUGAAGCAAUAGACUCUCCACCGAGCACUAUCCUCCAAACGGCUCCAUCUGAAGGCGAUUCAGCAAAUCAUGCAAAUGGUGAAGUUAUUCCCCAAAAAGAUGCACAGCCUGAGGGGUCAACAGUGGGGCCCACAGACGAUGCAAAGACCCAAGCAUCCACUGAAGAACUGAAUGUUGAGGCACAAGUAGAAACAUCAGUUGCCAACACAAAUGCAGAAAACAAGGAAGAAAAUGCUGCAGAGAACAAGGCAAAUGUAGAACCAAUUAAUGAUGUUGCGGAGCUUCAUUUUGCAGAACGUAUCCAAAAUGAUGAAGCCCUAACAGUUUCUUCAACACAGGGAAAUCCAGAGGCAGUGUCUGAUGUGAAGACAGCUGAGCAAUAUGUUGCCAAUGCAACUGCAGAAAUCAAGGAAGAUCAAGCAGAUGCAACAAUUGAGCAGCCAAAAAUAGAACUCGAUGAGCCCAGGGUGGCUACAGAUGCUCCUUCGGAAGAUCCUGCUGCAGAAACCUCUGCUGCGGCAAGAACAGAGGAGAGCAAAGGCAUCACUGAAGUCCCUGAGGCCCCUGUGGUCAAACUGAAACCUGAAGAGCAACCUUCAAUCGAAACAGAGUCGGCAAAUGUGACACAUUUGGAGGGGGGAGGAGCUAAAUCAACUGCUCAAACUGCAAAGGAAAGUUGUGAGAAAGGUCUUCCAGAACAGGCAGCAGAAGUUGUUGAAGCUGUGGCUGAGGAUGUGGAAAAUGAAGCGUUAGCUGAGGCUGCUGUAAAGUCACCAACAGAUGGGCCUGCUGUUACAGAUGCAGCAAGAGAAGAGUCUCCUAUCCAAGUCCGUGUUGAAACAGUCCCUGACUUAGUGUCCGCUCAACCUGCUGCUGAAAUGGCUACAGAGGGAAGUUGUGACAAAGGUUCCCGGGAACUGGCUGCAGUAGAAGUUGUUGAAGUUGUGGCUGAGGCUGCUGUGGAGUCUUCACCUGAGGCGGCUGCUGUUACAGAUGCAGCAGGAGAAGAGAGUGUUACCCAAGUCAGCGUGAAAACUGUCCCUGACUUAGUGGCAGAAUCUGUUUCUGAAGUGCCGGCUCAAUCUGCUGCUGAAACAGAACAGGCGGCAGUAGAAGUUGUUGAAACUGUAACUGAAGUGUCACCAUCUGACACGAGUGACGUUGUUAAUGCAACACCAGGAGAAGUGGCUGCUGUCCAAGAUAUUGUUGAGGCUGUAGCUGAGGUUGCUGUGGAGUCAUCUCCUGAGACACCUGCUGUGACCAUUGUGGCAGGAACAGAGGCUCCUCUCCAAGUCAGAGUUGAACAAGUUCCUGACGUAGUGGCAGAUACUGUUUCUGAAUCUCCUACGAAAGCUGAAACUGCAGUCAAGUCUGUAGAGUGUGAGGUCAAGUCUGCACCCUCAGCAGAGACUGUUUUGGAGUCCAAAGCCGAACAGGUAGCUGAAGUCCAGACUGUUGAUAACACUGUUGUCGAGCAAAUAGUUGAACCGACACCUGAGAAAGCAGCAGAUCUUGUGACGCAGUUGAACAUCGAGGAUGCUCUUCUUGAACCUGUACCAGCUUUAGAAGACGUUCAGGAUAAGUCCACUGACAGUCCUGUUGAACAGUCAAAGGCAUUGGACGUGGAGCACCCUCAAAACUGAAGCUGCACCCGAGCCUCAAGAUGAUCCUAAACCUGCCGACCAGAACCAAAACUCCGAUGAGGCCAACAGGAAUACCAAUGUUUGUUCGUACUGUGACAAAUUCAUUGAUGGAAAUGUGAAGUUCUUCCUCAAUGAACCUGUGAUGACCUACCACCCUGACUGUCUAAAGUGUGGCGUGUGUGCUAUGGCCCUGGGAGAUUUGCUGACCGCCAUUUUCUUGCGUGGCCAAGUGAUCCAUUGUGGUGGCUGCUUUCAUAAAACUCUUGUGAUCUGAAGCCUAACUUGGACAAGGUGUCGCUGGAGAAGACUCAAAGUGAUUGAUAUCCUGUAUUGUUUUUGAACCAAUUUACCUUCUGAAAGUUUAUUUAAGACAUAGUUUAUUGUUAGAAUGUAAGAGCAUGUUACUUUUAGUAGAAAUAACCAAAGAUGCUGGCCUAAAAUACAAUCAACAUAAAAUAUUUGUAUGGCGACAAACUGUAUAUGAUUGAAUAAAAUCACAUUUAACUGUU